ACUGCGCGGGUCGAAUGCGGGUACCAUGGCGACGCUUGGAGCGGCCAUGGAGAUGGGGUCGGUCUUCCCAGCCUCGGCGGUGACGGCGUUGCUCUUGUCCGUCCUUUGCCGGGUCUCCCAGCCCCAGGCCUUCUCCCUCCCUUUCCGGGAGCCGGAGACGUGCGGCCUCCAUCAGUACUUCGACAUCUCGGCGCUCUCCUGCGUCCCGUGUGGAGCCCACCAGAGGCGGGAUGCCCGAGGAACUUCAUGUGUGUGUCUACCAGGAUUUCAAAUGAUUGCAAAUAACGGAGGACCUGCCAUUAUUUGUAAAAAGUGCCCAGAAGACAUGAAAGGUGUUACUGAAGAUGGCUGGAACUGUAUUUCUUGCCCUAGUGACUUAACUGCAGAAGGAAAAUGCCGUUGUCCCACUGGCCAUAUUGUAGUGGAACGAAAUGUAAAUGGAACAUUGCUAUCCCAAGCAACUUGUGAGCGUUGUGAUGAAAAUGAAAACUCUUUUAUGAAAGCAGAUUCUUUAGGAACCAGGUGUGUCCGAUGUGAACCAACAUUCAUCAAUACUAGCAGGUCGUGUGCAUGUUUGGAACCUAACAUUUUAACAGGAGGAUUAUGUUUCAGCAGCACAGGGAAUUUUCGUCAGCGUGUAAUAUCAACAGCACGGUAUGGAGAGCUUGGCAUGUCUUUAAAUUCCGAAUGGUUUGCAAAGUAUUUGCAGGCAACAGCAGCUGCAUGUUCGAUGUAUGUCAACCUAACAUCUUGCCAAGCUCUUGGAAAUAUGUGUGUGAUGAAUAUGAAUUCUUAUGACUCCACCACAUUUGAUGCAUGUCGGUUGUUUCAGUACAUCUUUGAAAGUAGUGCUGCUUUGAGCAGUGUUCAUUCUAUUCCAUUUUGGAGACAGAAUCUCCCAUGGCUGUUUUAUGGAGACCAGCCAGGAUUGGCACCUCAAGUGCUCACUGCUGUACCUCUUCCUACAAAUUUCAGUUUUAAAGGACAAAGUCAGCUGAAGCUUGUUGCUGCUUCCUAUGAUAUAAGAGGAAAUUUUCUCAAGUGGCAAACUUUAGAAGGUGGCGUUUUACAGCUUUGUCCAGACACAGAGACUAGACUGAAUGCUGCUUAUUCUUUUGGAACCACCUAUCAACAAAAUUGUGAACUUUCUGUCUCUAAGAUAUUAAGUGACUUUCCCAGCCCCAUAUUCUAUGAUAUUUACCUUGAAUACACUGAUGAAGAACAACACCAAAAUAUUUGGGCUAUACCUGUGUUAAAUCUAAAUCUUCAACACAAUAAAAUGUUUGUGAACCAAGACAGUAGCUCUAGCAAGUGGCUUCUUACUCGGCGCAUUUUCCUAGUGGAUGCAGUAAGUGGACGAGAAAAUGAAUUAGAAAGUCAGCCAAGAGUAAUUCGAGUUGCCACCCAGAUAUCACUGAGCAUCCACCUUGUACCCAACACAAAAAAUGGAAACAUAUACACUCCCUUAAUCACCAUUGCUUACAGUGACAUUGAUAUCAAAAAUCCCAUUGUCCAGUCUGUGAAGGUUUCUUUCUCAGUUAAAUAUGAAAUGAAUCAAGGAGAUGCGUCUGUCCAGACAGAUAUUGCUCUGGGUGUAUUGGGUGGCCUUGCUGUGUUGUCAUCGCUUUUGAAGACAGCAGGGUGGAAGAGGCGCAUUGGGAGUCCCAUGAUUGAUUUGCAAACUGUCAUGAAAUUCUUGGUGUACUAUGCUGGUGAUCUGGCCAAUGUUUUUUUUAUCAUCACAGUGGGAACAGGUCUUUAUUGGCUUAUUUUCUUCAAAGCACAGAAGUCUGUCUCUGUUUUUCUGCCAAGGCCAGCACAGGAAGAACGCUUUGUCACUUACGUGGGAUGCUCAUUUGCUCUGAAGGCUUUGCAAUUUUUACAUAAGCUCAUAUCUCAGAUGACUACAGACAUAUUCUUUAUUGAUUGGGAGCGACCUAAAGGAAAAGUUCUUAAAGCUGUUGAAGGUGAGGGCGGUGUGCGGAGCGCCACUGUUCCUGUAAGCAUAUGGCGAACAUACUUUGUAGCAAAUGAAUGGAAUGAGAUUCAGACUGUGAGAAAAAUUAAUCCACUCUUUCAAAUACUUACCGUCCUCUUCUUUUUGGAGGUUGUGGGGUUCAAGAACUUAGCAGUAAUGGAUUCAUCCUCUAGUCUUUCUAGAAACCCAUCAGACUACCUACCACCAUAUAGCCGCAUUUUGAGAUAUGCUGUGUGUACUACUAUUUGGCUGGUCAUUGGAUUUGUACAGAUUGUCUUCUUCGCUGCCUUUUAUGAGAGAUUCAUAGAGGAUAAGAUUCGACAGUUCGUUGAUUUGUGCUCUGUGAGUAACAUAUCGGUGUUUCUGUUAUCCCACAGAUGUUUUGGGUACUAUAUUCAUGGUCGAUCAGUGCAUGGGCAUGCAGACACUAACAUGGAAGAAAUGAAUAUGAAUCUUAAAAGAGAAGCGGAAAAUUUGUGCAGCCAGAGAGGUUUGGUGCCCAACACAGAUGGUCAGACUUUUCAGAUUGCCAUUUCCAGCCAGAUGAGACAACACUAUGACAGAAUUCAUGAGACGCUAACAAAGAGAAAUGGCCCUGCUAGACUAUUGAGUUCAUCAGCGAGUACUUUUGAGCAAAGCAUAAAAGCAUAUCAUGCAAUGAAUAAGUUUCUUGGCUCUUUCAUCGAUCAUGUUCAUAAGGAAAUGGAUUACUUUAUAAAAGAUAAGUUGCUGCUUGAAAGAAUUCUUGGGAUGGAAUUCAUGGAACCCAUGGAAAAAAGCAUCUUUUAUAAUGAUGAAAGUUACUCUUUCAGCAACAUGUUGUAUUAUGGAAAUGAAACCACACUUCUUAUUUUUGAUCUGUUGUUCUUCUGCAUUGUGGAUUUGGCUUGCCAAGAUUUGGUUUUAGCUGCCUUCCUUACAUACCUACAACAAGAGAUUUUUCGAUUUGUCCGCAACACAGUAGGACAAAAGAACUUGGCAACCAAAACACUGGUGGAUCAAAGAUUUCUGAUUUAAUGUAUUAUUUAGAGAACUUAGGGACUCCACAUUAUCAUGGCAAAAAGACAUGAUAUGAACUUAUGUUUUUAAAAACUUGUAAUACAGAUUAUUCUGUUUUUUUAUCUACAAAAGAUUUAUUUUUAUAACGUGUAAAACUAUGUGAGAUAAUGGAAAAUACUGUUUCCCCAUUGCUUUGUAUUUAGUUCACUAAAUACUACAUUACUAUGACAGUGAGGCAAACAAUUCUAAAUGUUGCUUUCAGCAAAGUACAUUUUAAUGAUAAUCAAAAUAUUCCCUGUCAUUUGUCCUUCUGUAUCAUUUCUAUCAUUUGCCUAUGUUUUGUCAUGUUGCCAAAAUUAUUUGAUUCUACAUUCAUGACUAGUUUUCAGUUCAUUAUUUACAUAUGUUUUUUUACACUUACUUAUGGUUGAAUAAAUAUUGAAACAUUUUCAAACUUACUUUAACAUUUGGUUUGUAUUAUUGCUGCCUCAGUUUGCCUCAUUCUGAUUACACACCCUAUUUGUCAGUGGACUGACCUACUAUCUCUUAUAAAAUGGUCUAAAUCCAUUCCCUUAUUUACCUGGUCACUUAGUUUUUCAUGAAGUGUGCUGACAUUCCUUGUGUGCUUUCCAUUUAUUAAGAUGUGUCACAUUUUUCCAACGUGGUUUUUAUUUUGUACAUUUUAAUUAAUAUUUUAAGAGAACUCCUCUAAAGUGUUGCUCUUCAAUUAUGUGUAAAUUUUAUUAAAAAAACAAAAUAAAUUUAUUAUGUCGUGUUAACAAGGAAAUUUAUGUAAAGCAAACAGACUUCAUAAAUCAAUAGCUUAUUUUUAAUAAGGGGAAAAGAAAUUAAGAUUCAAAACAUAAUUAUGAUAAGGCUAAACCCAGAGCCACAUAGCUAUCAAUGUUCUGUGUUUUUUCUUCAAUGUACUCUAAUAUUUUUGAGUGAUAUUCCUACCAUACACAUAGAAGGUCUUCUUACUCAAGUGUAGUGGUCACUAAUUUCAAACCAAUAUUUGAUACUGUGUAACUAUUUAAAUGUAAUGCCAUGUAAGUUUUGUUUGUAU